UCAGUCACUCACUGUUGGGGUAAAAGCCAGACCCUGUGUCUCCACAUGGAAAAUCUCGACGAGUUCAAACAAGGUAUUCCAUACAAGAGUUUGUCAAAGACUUUUCAAGAUGCCAUCAAGGUCACUCAUAGCCUGGACUUUCAAUAUCUUUGGAUAGACUCUCUUUGCAUUAUUCAAGAUUCUCAGGAAGAUUGGUUAAGUCAAGGCGCUAUAAUGGACGAGAUCUACCGAAACGCAGCGUGCAACAUAUCUGCAGAUGCAGCCCAGGACAGCGAAGAUGGUUUCAUCAGAACGAGAAACAUCGAGACAUUUCUACCACUUCGAAUCGAUGUUGGGUGGACGAAAUGGAUUGACAUCUGGAAAAGCCCCACGGUUUACAUCAUGGUGCACGAAACUUGGAACACGGCAUUAAGUUGUGCACUUCUUGCCAGUCGAGCUUGGGUCUUUCAAGAAAGGAUUCUUUCUCAGCAUGUAAUUCAUUUCACUGCUCGUCAACUUUUCUUUGAGACGAAGACAAACACAAUCAUGGACUGGUGGCCAGAUAUGAUCGACCCCUCCAGAGAGAAGUCAUGGAUAAGCUGGACCAAAAUUGUGGAAGAGUACAGCACAAAGAACCUCACAUUCAACACAGACAAGCUGGCUGCAAUGUCUGGGAUUGUUAAGGAAGUACACGAUGCCACAGGAGAUGAGUAUCUUGCAGGGCUAUGGAGAAAGGGGUUGUUGCAUCAAUUGCUUUGGAGCACAUCAGACCCCAUAAAGCUGUCCGGAUCCAGCCAUACACAGCUCCGAUAUGGUCUUGGGCUUCGAUUAAAGGUGCUCUCUUGCACACAUUUACACCAGAAAGUGAUCGGAAGCCUCACAUCCAGAUACUUACAAAGCUUCAGGAAGCUCGAACCUUCCCGACUGGAGGUCAAGGACAUACUGGUGCUAUUGUGUCUGGUGACCUGA